UUGAUCAUCCUUGGAAACGCCUUCACCAUCUUUGUUUUCUCAACUCCGACUCGGACAUCGCAUAUAAGAAGAACUUGCUAUCUCUUGAUAAAUCUCGCCGUUGCUGACUUACUUGUGGGUAUUACAGAGCCCAUAAUUCUGGGGAUGGAAAAGUACCAUCAGAUGACGGCGACAACGUCAAAACCGACGGGAAUUAACGAAACAAACCCACUGAGGGGAAAACGAGAAAAUGCUCUGCGAGGAGUAUGGAUACCAGGAGCAAUGCAACUUUUUACAUCAAGUGCAUCGGUGUUUUUUCUCGCCCUGAUUUCCCUCGAGCGCGCUUUUGCCGUGUUAAAACCGUUGCGUCAUCGUAUUGUUAGCAGUCGCGUUUACAUCUACAGUAUUGUCGUCGUAUGGGCUGUAGGAAUUUUGAUAUUUGGUCUGAUGGCUCUUUCCUUUUAUUACCUAAAGCUGGCGAGGGAGACUGUUCAUGUUGUUGUACAUUUUUGCCUUUUCAUAUCUUUUGUGAUGAUUUGUGCGAGCUACCUCAAAAUACGAACACGAUUGAGCAGCACUGCACCCGAAGUAGCCGCUGUCAACCGCCGUCAAACUGCUGAGUAUAACGUACGACUUUCAAGGACUCUGUUCGUGGUGAUCGCUUUGUCGCUGCUGUUUUGGCUGCCAGCGUUUGCUGUUUACAUAGGUAGGGACAUCUGCAAGAGGUGUUUUCACCCAUACGUGGUGUGGACGGUCAAUGUUUUCCAUCUUGCCAAUUCUUUAGUUAAUCCCUUCGUGUAUAGCUUCAGGAUGCCGGUAUUCAAAGAGGCGUUGGAGAAAUUGUCGAGAAGACGAAGGCACGUUAUUGGAACAAGAAAUAUCGAGGCUACAAGUCUGGCUUUGGGUCCAUCUUCUACUUCGAGGAUGAAUCACACCGGUUUCUCGGCUGCCGCAACAUGUGGGGGUUCUCAGUUAAAUCUCUUUACGGAAAGUGGAGAUCAGCUUUUUAUAGCGAGUUCACCGAUUCACCUGCAGUCAGCACUGCUCGCAUUGGUGCAAAACAAACAAGUACUCCUUCGACAUCCAUAGUGACCCGAUUAUAGGCAAAACUCCGAUGACGUCAUUUUUGACAGUUUUGCUCAUUAGAAUACGAGUACAAGGCGUCGCGCGUAUGUACAAAUCAAGUGCAGAAGAUGAUAGAGCUGAUUCAUUUGGACAACUUGUGAAAAGGUUUAACUCUUUGCAAGGAAUAGUAGGACUUGAGCUCACCCCAUAGUGGGGUUUCAUUGGGCUGUCGACUGCCUGAAGCAGUGGUUUAAUACUUUGAGAAGUAUAGAUUAUAGCUACUCCUAACCGGAGGGAUGGGAUAUAUAUAUAUAUAUAUAUAUAUAUAACUAGAAGUAACCAAAGGUUAUGGAGUGCGGGCGACAACGAUCGAAGGUCAAAACGCUUUCGUUCCAGCGCUGUGCUUCGCGUAAGUUAUAAGCCGGACAGAUGGUCAAAACACGCGCAUGAUGAGAUUGCAAGUGAUAAAAGGUCCAAACGCGCGUGAUCAGAUAGCGUUCUGUGCAUUCCAUUCAUUCCUAAUGAAUGCUGGCCUUUUGAAACAAGAGAACGAUUGGCAUUAUUUUUAACUGGGACAUUUCCACAACGCACGCCCCACCCCGCAAACACACAACUUGACCGGAAAUUUCAAAAAUUAUGGUCGUUCUUCGCUUAUAAAACGUGACAGGGUCAAAUUUGGUGUUUUAACUGUUAUUAAGUAACAGUAAAUUCCUUUUCCUUAAAUUCGCAAAGAAAAUUAAGUUUCAAUUUAAUUUCUGUCUGAUAUUGCAUUUAAAGCCCUUCUAACUAUCUAAGGCAAGUGACUGUUUUUAUUUGACUGGGUGAUCUACAAAUGGCAUAUUUCUUUAUUGUAAGACUUAUCACACGUAGGGAGAGAAUUGCGAAAAGUUAAAGCUUUUCCUCAGGGAAACGUGGGAGGGCAUUGUUUCUUCAGUUCAGCACAGACUAAUAACAUCAUCGACUGUUGCAUUUAGAUAAUCAUUCGGCGUAGAUAUUGGGCGCAAUAACUCCACGAAAUAAUUUUAUGUUCGUUCCAAAUCGAUUUCUAAAUCUGUUGCCCAGACGACCUGAAAUGACCGGUCCCCUCCACCCAAAAAUCGGCUCUGUUGAAGAGGGAUUGAGACACGCAACGCCCUCUGGGUGUAGAAAACCCAUUCCAUAAUUGGGCGCCACAGGCAGCCCAAUAAUAAAUAGUCUGUACAAAAACCACGUGCUUGCAAAACAAAAUCGCAGUCGCCUUGCGUUGCGACUUCUAAGUUCUAAUCGGCAAGUGCACUUUUUUUCAUUGUGUUUUGCGUGCUACAGGUGCUUUAAAGCACGUAAGGUUUAAUGAUUUAACCACUUAACUCAAGCCCCCACUAAGUUUCCUCAUAGGAAAGUUGUAUACUCAACUCUUCUUCCUCGCGCAGAUAUUCCAAUUUACACGAUCAACUACAUAAAUCAAUAACUGAUUGCUUCAUGUUGCAAGCUGCCCAAUGUUUUCCUGGUUGGUCAAGAGAAUCUAUUUGCCUAUGGCCCAGAUGUACUACAUGAUGAAAGACACAUUAAAAAACGUCAUAUUUUGCAACAAAUCUCAUAAAUGCAGUCCGUGUGAAAAUUAGACCGACGCGAGCCCUUCGUCCAAGAAAUACAUUUACAUCCACUCAGCGAUCGCCAUCAUCCCAUAUGGGAAAUACACGUCAUACAGCAACGCGGUACAGUACAACCAAGUUAGAUUAUUUUCUUAGCAAACACCACCAGCCGAAUAUCAAGAGACACGCUCACCAUUUCUUCGUGAAAAAGUGGAGCAAGGACAAAGAUACUAUGACGCUAUUCCAAACGAGUUAAUAUCCUUUUAAAAGGAACGUUGUGCAGUGGCUGUCCUGCACAUAGGAACGUCUAGAUUUUCCCUGAAUCUGGUAUUAUAACUAUGGAUUCUUGUUAUCUUAUUGAUGUAGCUAUUUAGAUCGGAGGGCGCAAGUCCAUUCACUAUUUUGUACAACUGUGUGACAUCGCGUACUAACAGCAGAUGUUUAAUACAAGACCAACCCAGUCCACGCAGAACUGGUUAGAUAUGGUCGAACUUUCUAGUAUUAGUUAAAACUCGAGCAGCAAAAUUUGUACAAGUUGCAGUUUAUGUAUGUUCUGCUUAAAAGUGCCAGACCAUACAGUAGAACAAUGAAAGAGCUUACUAAAAAAACGAUACUUGGAGGUAAACAACAAAGCUUCUAAUAUAGCUUGUUGAGAAGAGCUUGGUCGUUUUCCUUUAAAUAUAACUAUCAAUCAAAAAAUUCUCAAAUACAUUUUGUAUAUACAGUCUAAAGAUGAGGAAUCUUUCGUCAAACAAGCUUUUUAAAUGUCAUUCGACUUACACUGUAAUGGCAAAAAUAGCUUCCACUCUUAUUUAAUAAAUAUGUCAGAAUACUUUACGCUUCCUGACUUUAACCCUGAUUUAUUAGAUAUAGCUAUGGUAAAAAGCUAUGUAAGUUAAGUGAAGCAGGAAUAUAUCUCAUAUUAGCAAAACAGCCUUCAACAUUCUCAAAAACUUGAAUUUUACAGAUCUUUUAAAACCCAUCAUACCUCCUCUAGUUGUUGUAAGGUUGGUUCGGCGGUCACAGACAAAGUUAAAACUUUUACAGCUACAGGUUUGGGAUUAAUUGUAGUUUCUAUUGUAAUUGGGUUUGGGACUAUUGUAACUGCCAAGAUUAAGCACGCAAAUUUCGUAACAAAAUUAUCAGAAGAUGAAGUUUUUAAAAUGCCAGUUGUUUUAAAAUUAUGCAAAUUUGUGACAUUUUAAUUGAAUGUUUUUCGUUUGAAUGUUUAAUUUAUAGUAAAUGUGACAGUUGCGUGUUUGUAUUUUUCCACAUUGUGAUUUUCAAUGCUUAAUUCUUUCAACGAUUAAAAAAUAUUCAUCAUUAGUAAAACUCAAUCAACACAUAAAGCAGUUACAAAUGGAUAGAUUUGGCGAAAACAAUGAUCAGCAUCGUCAUGAAUAAGUAAGUUACAGCUGAAGUUAUCAACUCUGCUGUUUUGUUCGCAAGUGCGGCAAAGUUACUGCAUGUUAAACCAAACGGAAAUUGAGUUUUUCUUCGUCAACAAUAUAAUAGAGAAAUUAUUUAAUAAAAACGUCAAUAAGGCACGGUUGUUUGAACGAAUUUAGCCAGUGUUUAACAAAACUGCGUUCUAAGGUAUUCUCGAUCAUUUCAUGCCCGAUUGGCUUAUCAGAACAGGACCCUCAAUGGUAUAUGGAAGGAAGGUGAGUACCCUAAUGCAGACAAGAAAUCUUCUGGAUAUACCCGUAAGAAAAGAGUUCAAACCCGCCAUCAGAGUAGUUUAGAUGUCCUUAAGUCUCUUGCCCUAGCAUAUUACUGAGUUAUUCAAAAAGCGUUGUUUCGGUCGUUCUAAUCAUUGCCUUGAUUCGCCUGUCGUCCAAAAUUAUGAUACUCAAAAUUGAAGGCAAGGCUUAUAGGACAGCUACUUUGGAUGGGCAAUUUAUUUUGUCAGUAUUAAAUUUGCCUCACUGAAAUAUUGGGGAAAUAAAUUACCUAUCAACUAAUCAUUGUUUGGGUGUUAUUCUAUUGCUGAUCCGCCUGAUCUACUUCAAGAUCCGGCUUUCCCUCGCGCUACAGUUUGUCCAAGUGGUCCUUGCUGGAAUUGUUCGCUAAAAAUUACUUGGAAGUCAAAAGCACACUUUUAAUCAAAUGUUGUAGGAUGUUUUGAAUGUCAAUAUUAUUACCGAUUUUGUUUACACGGAUAUGAAAAAUAACAUCUCGGUGAAGGUAACACUCUAAAUUUUUUAAAUAUAGAUGAAAUCCUUUAUUUUCAUUGGUGGAGAAAAGGAACAACUGAGUAAACUCAAAUGCAAUCUAUAUGACAUGAUAUCAGAUAGGAGGCAAGAUAUUAUUCAUUAUGUCAAACAACCUUUGAAAGCAAUUUAAAUAUACAGUACACGUAUACAACACCGGCAAGUUGCACAGUAUCAAUAUCACAGGCAUCAUCGUUGAAAGGAGACCCCCCCCAAAAAAGAAAAAAAAAGCGGUUGGGUGUUACAAGCUGGGUGUUAGAAGUACUUUAAUUAUAUAACGUUGCAGAGGCGUAAUAUUCCAAUUAGUCGCAGAUACUGAUGUGAUAGAGUAAUAAAAAUGUUGGCAAACGAUGUGGCGAUCAUCUUCGUUGUUGUCUUUGUAGUGGAGGCUGCAUUGAUCAUCCUUGGAAACGCCUUCACCAUCUUUGUUUUCUCAACUCCGACUCGGAAAUCGCAUAUAAGAAGAACUUGCUAUCUCUUGAUAAAUCUCGCCGUUGCUGACUUACUUGUGGGUAUUACAGAGACCAUAAUUCUGGGGAUGGAAAAGUACCAUCAGAUGACGGCGACAACGUCAAAUCCGAGGGGAAUUAACGAAACAAACCCACUGAGGGGAAAAAGAGAAAAUGGUCUACCAGGAGCAAUGCAACUUUUUGCAUCAAGUGCAUCGGUGUUUUUUCUCGCCCUGAUUUCCCUCGAGCGCGCUUUUGCCGUGUUAAAACCGUUGCGUCAUCGUAUUGUUAGCACUCGCGUUUACGUCUACAGUAUUGUCGUCGUAUGGGCUGUAGGAAUUUUGAUAUUUGGUCUGAUGGCUCUUUCCUUUUAUUACGUAAAGCUGGCGAAGGAGACUGUUCAUGUUGUUGUACAUUUUUGCCUUUUCAUAUCUUUUGUGAUGAUUUGUGCGAGCUACCUCAAAAUACGAACACGAUUGAGCAGCGCUGCACCCGAAGUAGCCGUUGUCAACCGCCGUCAAACUGCUGAGUAUAACGUACGACUUUCAAGGACUCUGUUCGUGGUGAUCGCUUUGUCGCUGCUGUUUUGGCUGCCAUCGUUUGCUGUUUACAUAGGUAGGGACAUCUGCAAGAGGUGUUUUCACCCAUACGUGGUGUGGACGGUCAAUGUUUUCCAUCUUGCCAAUUCUUUGGUUAAUCCCUUCGUGUAUAGCUUCAGGAUGCCGGUAUUCAAAGAGGCGUUGGAGAAAUUGUCGAGAAGACGAAGGCACGUUAUUGGAACAAGA